AUGAGCCAGACACUCAAAGCAGCAAUCCUGGUGGUCUCGACAACAGCGUCUCAAGAUCCCACAACUGAUGCUGCUGGGAAUGCUCUGCGCUCUGUCUUUGAUGAAGAUGGAGCUAGUCGGUGGAAGGUCGUUGAGUCGAAGAUUGUGCCAGACUCCGUGGCCCUGAUCCAAAGACAGCUCAUGCUGUGGACGGACACCGCGGAUCCGGUCAACUUGAUCGUAACAACUGGCGGCACCGGAUUCGCAGUCUCGGACCAGACACCAGAGGCUGUGUCCGCGCUCCUCCAUAAACAAGCCCCUGGCCUGGUCCAUGGCAUGCUCGCCGCUUCUCUGAGUGUGACACCCUUUGCCAUGAUGUCGCGACCUGUUGCCGGAGUCAGAAACGGAACUCUGUUGAUCACUCUCCCGGGAUCGCCAAAGGGUGCUAAGGAGAACCUCCAAGCCGUCAUCAAACUGUUGCCUCACGCCUGUAUCCAGGCCGCUGGCGCUGACUCUCGAUCUAUCCACUCUGGAGGAGUCGAGAAGCUGGAGAAGGACGCUGGGGUUGGUCGGGCUUCUGGCCACUCUCACUCUCACGGCCAUACUCACGCCCACAGCCAUGGCCAAGGGCAUAGCCAUAGCCACGGACACGAUCAUGGACAUGGUGCGCUAGUCAGGCACACCAAUCCGAACGAUAACCCGCUGUCAAACGAUCCCAGCCUCGGCCCGACUCGAAGGCAUCGGGAGUCGCCUUAUACUAUGUUGUCAGUCGAGGACGCGCUGGCCCUUAUACAUGAUCACACUCCGGCCCCCGUGGUAGUCUCUGCCAAAACAGACACAGCUCUGGUAGGCGCCACCCUUGCCGAGGAUGUGAAGGCCACUGAGAAUGUUCCGGCAUUCCGUGCAAGUAUUGUUGAUGGAUAUGCUGUUGUUGUGCCCAAGGACGGGAACAUGAAAGGAAUAUUCCCGGUGACUGCUGUGUCUCAUGCUGCCCCCGGCGAAGCCAAGGAACUCAAAGAAGGACAAAUAGCCAGGAUAACAACAGGUGCCCCCCUGCCACCUGGUGCGACGUCUGUCAUUAUGGUUGAAGACACUGUCUUAAAAUCUAGGACCGAAGACGGUGAGGAAGAGAAAGAAGUCGAGAUCUUGGCAGGGGAUGUCAAAACCGGCGAGAAUGUGAGGGAAGUCGGCAGUGAUGUUAAAAAAGGCUCGGUUAUUCUUCAAAAGGGGGAACAAGUGUCUGCUGUUGGCGGUGAGAUCGGCCUUAUGGCAGCCGUCGGCGCCUCUCAGGUGCAGAUUUAUCACCGGCCAGUCGUUGGUGUCUUGUCAACAGGUGACGAAAUUAUCAACCAUGAUCGUCCUGGAGCUCUGCGACUGGGCGAGGUUCGAGACACAAAUCGGCCUACACUUCUAUCGGCCGUCAGGGACUGGGGAUACGAAGUUAUCGAUUUGGGCAUCGCCAGCGACAAGCCCGGCACCUUAGAGGAGACUCUACGGGAUGGAAUGCGGCGAGCUGAUCUAAUCAUCACCACCGGUGGAGUGUCUAUGGGCGAGCUUGACCUCCUGAAACCGACUAUCGAGAGAUCACUGGGCGGAACCAUUCACUUCGGUCGUGUGAACAUGAAACCUGGGAAGCCAACAACUUUCGCGACAGUUCCUGCAAAGAACAACGAAGGAGAACGCGUCUCGAAGGUCAUUUUCUCACUUCCAGGCAAUCCGGCGUCCGCUCUAGUCACAUUCCAUCUCUUCGUCCUCCCAUCUCUCCACGCCAUGUCCGGAAUAUCGCCAGCGGGUCUUAGCAGGGUUCCGGUGACGCUGUCCCACGAUUUCAAUCUUGACCCGGGGCGGCCCGAAUAUCAUCGAGCCAUAAUUGGCCUCUACGUAAUCGAUCGCAAUCUGCGCAUGGAGGUCGACAUGUGCCACUUCGACUACAGAAAAUUUGAUUCUUGCGGGGAUUAUGGCAUCGAGAUCAGCCGCAUCUGCGAUGAUGCUCUCUGGCGGGCUGGCAUUGAAGGCGAGCUACGGAUCUGUGUACCACGGAUUCUUGAGAGGUCACUCGAAUGGUCUGGAUUAGAUCACCAUGAGCCACCAAAGCCAGCUCUGUUCAGAGGCUAUGAUGGUUACUGUGAGAUGUGCGCCGCAAGAUUCAAGCUACCAGGCUCCAUACUCCAGAGAAGCUACUCAGACUAUGAGCUCGACUACUCGCGACCGCUGAACUCUUUCAAUCCAGACGACUUCGCACCCUAUCUUUCUUUCCGCGGCUUCAUUGCAAAGAUCCCUGAACUCCUGGGUAUUGCGGACCAAUUUUCGGCUGCUCAUAUGAAGCAGGGCCCAUUCAUGGUUUUCCAGAAGAGUCUCGAACAGUGUACUUGGUCGCAGCUUCGAAAGGCCUUGCCCUUCACUUACAAAGGAGAAUUCGAGAAUGGCUGCACGCUGGGCGUUCAGAGCGCUCUAGAGAGAUUGAACAUCAGCGACGGAAUUACGAAGUACGACAGAGACCAGGUUUUCCACGCAAUGCAACAUGAACCUCACCUUCGGGUGGUAUACAACACUCUCUUCAAACCUCGUGGCAUGCCCUUGGGAUAUUUUGGUACUGUCAUUGUCGAUGGCUGUCGGAAAGCCCGGCAUCAGCUUUGGACCCCGAAGGCUGAAGUUGUUCGGAACUCUGUCCGGCAAGACUCAGAUUGCUCUGAUGACUCGGCCCUCACAACUCUCACGAGAACACCGGAGCUGUCCGAUGUUGAUCUAGCUGCACCAAAGUCACCAACACAAGUCCCCGAGUUUCUCGUGGCAACAAGUUAUGAUGGAUCCACUCCGUCUCAUCCCAGACCAGACGAUCGCCAGGUGUUGCACGCCAAUAGAGGGGGCCAACAUGCCGCGGCGAUCAAGCUUGCUUUAUCAGCUAUAUCUCCGUCUCCGACUGCCAAGAGAUCCUCUGAUGUGACAAAUAAGACCCGCGACUCGGUCACACAGGUAAUGGCGACAGGACACCGGCCCUACCAGCUGAACCAGGAUGGGAUCGAGAUGGCAACAGCUCAGAAAUGUGCUGUUGUGGGCCUGGGAAGCAGAAACGCAGCGUACUCUGACCUCAACACUCUCACAACGGACGCUUCAGCUACGCUGGCUGACCACUCCAGAGCCGCGAAGGUGGGUGAGAAGAGAAAGUCUGAAUUUGAGCAACAGCCCGCACCUCAGCAAAAGCGACAGCGUCUGGACUCGUGGAAGGGUCCCGGAGACGGUAAUCUAUCUCAGAUUCCGUAUUACAAGGCUGAUCGAGCGUUCAAGUGGAAGGUUUUUGAGAGACCAGCGUACGAGCGGACGCACGGAGCCUCCGGGGCUGGCGUAACUCGAGAGCAGCAUGCCCUUGUCCAGCAGCCUCAGGAUGUCCAGCAGUCUCAGAAUACCCAGCAGCCGUCUGCGGAGAGGCGAUCUAGCAGAGCUCAAGGGCAGGUUCCCCAAUAUGUGGAGUCUGUAUUCAUCCCAGACGAUUCCGACGAGGAAAUGAAAGAGCAAGAACCUGGCCAGAAUGCGGCGCAGUCUCCGACUCAUUUGGACCCCUCCACCGUCCGCAGACUACAGAAUUCGGGUCUUCUCGGAAGAUCUCGCCGCCGAUGA